UGCGCGCGCGCAGUGAUGGCGUCACUGACGGUCUCCGCCUCCGCCACGUCGGUCUCCUUGACGACGGGCGCCAAACCUCUGGGAGCCUCCGGGAGCCUCCGGGACGCAGCGGCGGCUGGGAUGCUAAGCGGAAGGGUUCGCGGGCCCUUGCAGAUGGUACAACGCCGCAGCCAGGAGCUCCGACAACAGGUUGGACGUUUGCUUUCUGAGAGUCAACUGGAAGGAGCCCUAGAUGCCAGUAAAAGGCAGGAUAUUUAUCAAAGAUGUAUCCAGCUGAAAAGAGAAAUAGAUGAAAACCGAACAGCUCUUAAAAAUUUAAACAAGGAUGAUGAGCCAGCACCAGUGGGGAACUACAACCAGAGAAAAGAAGAUGAAGACAGUAUUUUGGAAAAGCUUACAAAGCAGCUGCAAGAACUUGCUGAGACUAUAAGUAAAGAAAACGUAACUCCAGAGGAGAAAGUUCAGAACAUUUCCCGGGCUGAAGAAGUGGAAGAAGACUCUGAGGAAACUGAAGAUGAGGAGGAGGAGGAUGAGGAGGAAGAUGACGAUGAUGAUGAUGAGGAGGAUAUUAGUGAAGAUGAAGAAAGUGAAGAAAGCAACGAGGAGGAUGAGGAAGUAGAAGAAAAGGAGGAAGAUGACUCUAGUGACGAACAGCCAACUAGUAAAGAAUAUAUUGCUGUGGGUGAUUUUGUCGCUCAGCAAGCAGGAGAUCUCACAUUUAAGAAAGAUGAAGUUCUCCUCAUACUGAAAAAGAAACCUGAUGGCUGGUGGAUAGCUAAGAAUAUUCAUGGAAAUAAAGGUCUUGUUCCCAAAACCUAUCUGGAGCCCUGUGUUAAAAAGAAAGAGGACCCGGAAUACAGCGAAGAGGAAAGUGAAGAAGAUGUAGAGGUGGUAGAUGAAACAGCUGAUGGGACAGAGAUUAUACCACGAACUGAUUCUCAUUGGAGUGCCCUUAGAAAAGCUAUUACAGAGAGUAACACAGUUGAUGUGUUGACAGCUAUGGGAGCUAUUCCUGCAGGGUUUCGACCAUCAGCUCUUUACCAGCUCUUAGAAGAAGAAGAAAAAGGAAUUUUUUUUUCAGGGAAUCAGUUUCAAGCAGGUUACUUUUUACAGCCUGAACUUACCCCUUCGCAAUUGGCCUUUAAAGAUAUGAUAUGGGAUCCAGAAAAUGGCACUAUUAAACCCAGACCAAGCCGUGUGUCGUUGAUUCUAACCUUGUGGAGUUGUAAAAUGAUUCCUCUUCCAGGGGUGAGCCUACAGGUUCUCAGGAGGCACGUUCGCCUCUGCCUGUUUGAUGGAAGCAAGGUUCUUAGCAAUAUUCAUACAGUCAGAGCUACGUGGCAACCUAAGAAGCCCAAAACCUGGACCUUUUCUCCUCGGGUGACCGGUAUCUUGCCAUGCUUGCUUGAUGGAGAUUGUUUUAUUAGAUCCAAUUCUUCAUCACCAGAACUUGGAAUAUUAUUUGAAGUUGGAGUCUCUUAUGUUCGUAAUUCAACUGGUGAAAAAGGAGAGUUAAGUUGUGGCUGGGUCUUCCUAAAACUUUUUGAUGCCAGUGGAAUACCUGUUCCUCCCAAAACCUACGAACUUUACUUGAAUGGUGGUACUCCUUAUGAAAAAGGCGUUGAAGUGGAUCCUUCAGUUUCCAGACGAGCAGCCAGCAGUGUUUUUCAUCAGAUGAUGACAAUGAGGAGACAGCCUCAACUUCUGGUCAAACUGAGAUCUCUAAAUAGAAGAUCAAGAAGCCUACUGAGUCUACUACCAGAAACAUUAAUAGGAAGUAUGUGCUACGUUCAUCUGCUGGUAUUCUAUCGAGAAAUUCUUGGUGACGUGCUCCUGAAAGACAGGCUAAGCAUGCAAAAUGCUGAUUUAAUUAGUAGUCCAAUUCUAGCUACCUUUCCUAAACUCAUGGAGCAACCUGACCUGAUGGAUGUACUUAGGACUGCAUGGGCUGAAAAAGAAAGUACUUUCAAAAGAUCUGAAAAGAGAGAUGAAGAGUUUCUGAAGUCCAUGUUUAUCCUUGUGUACCAUGAUUGUGUGUAUCCGCUCUUACAUUCCACCCUCCUCCCACCAUUCAGAUGGGCAGAAGAAGAAACUGAAGCUGCUCGAUGGAAAUUCACUUCUGACUUCCUCAAGCGAAACCAAGAGAACUCUGGUGCUCUCCAUGCCUUACUGUCACCAGAAGGUGUUCAUGAACCUUUUGACAUUUCCGAGCAGGCCUAUGACUUCUUAGGAGAAGCUCGGAAGAAUGUGAAUUAAGUGUGAUUGGUCAUUGAGAUUCCAGUCCAGUGGGUACUGUCUGUAAGAAUAAAUGUAAACUCUAAGCAUCAUUUGAGCAGAAUGAUAGGAACCAAAUGGUUUGUGUCCAUUGUGGACUGUAUUUCUACUUUUCUAAUUUAGUGUAUUUUUUUUACUUUACCAAUUUACUGUAUUUUUAAAAAUAUAUACAAGAGUAUAUUUUGUAAGAAAUAAUUGUUCAAAUGUGUUUUAAAAUGACAAUUUUUAAAAUAGGAAAUAUUAUGAUUUCUCAAAGUAAAUUAAAAGCUGUUUCUACCCAGUGAUACUACUACUAGGCCCAUGCCUCAAAGAAAUCAAAGAGGAAAAGGACCCAUAAAAUAUUUAUAGGGGCUUAUUUUUAGUGGCAAAGAAGUACAGAUUGAGAGGGUACCCAUCAUUUUAAGAAUGGCUGAAUAAGUUAUGGUGAACGAAUGUAAUGGAAUAUUCUUGUAUGUAA